AUGAAUUUAACAACACCAUCGGGUUGUAUCAAAAUCGAUGUCAACAAAACGUAUUGUACAAUAGGAAUUAUUUUUAAACAUUAUGGUAAAGGAUACAUAAAUAUUGCAUCAGAAAUAUACCAUCCAGCAUAUGGAUACAAUGAAGAUUUUGUUCUACUUGGCUUAACAAUAAAAGCAGUGGGUCAUAUGAAUAUGGUUUUACUUAUUCAUUGUUUAACAGACGACUGUAAUGAGCUAAAACUUAGUAAACUUCAAUUAUUAUUGAAUUCAACUACAAUAGAACAUAAUACAGACAUAAUUUUACCAUUAUUAUACAUGUCAACGCCUGAGAUUCCAUUAACAUGUUCAAGAUAUACAAAUUUUACAAAUCCUAAUGCAUGCUGUUCACAAAAACAAUCUUGCAUUUUAUGUGUCGCAUGUUUCACAUCUAUUAAUGGAAUAACAAAUUCUAUGUGUUCCGACUAUUUCAACAAUGCUGAAAUGAUUUCUAAUCUUCUUGAUGAACGAGCAUAUAUAUUAAAAACAAGAAAAACAAGUAAUCAUAAUUUUGUAGUACACUGUAACAUUCGAAAAUGUAAUAGAAUAGCCUUUGCUAUGUAUCCUGAAAGCUUCGCAUAA